AUGGCUAUAAUCAUCCUACUUGUUCUGAUCAUUCUCGCAAUAGCAGACGUUAACUCGAACAAUGAAAUCAGCUCUAAUUCUUACAGUGGUUGUCCUGAAAAUGAAAAACAAGCACUUUUGGUCUUCAAAGAAGGCCUCAUAGAUGAUGCAAAUCGGCUUGCUUCAUGGGAUCCUCAUCAUCAUCCAGAUUGUUGCAUCUGGUUUGGAGUUGUCUGUGGCAAUAUGACUGGCCACAUCCUCUCUCUCAACCUCUCAUUUCCUCCUUUGGAUGAUAUUGUUGACAUUGAUUCUUAUCUGAUGUCAAUGUUGAAAGGUAAGAUAAACCCUUGUCUGUCAAAUUUGAAGCAUUUGAGAUACUUGGAUCUAAGCAACAAUGCGUUUGAAGGCCUCUUGCCUUACCAACUUGGGAAUCUCUCAAAUCUUGAAUCUCUCAAUCUCAGGGGUGAGGAUAAAUUUAAUGAGGCUGGGUUAUUAUAUGUUGAGAACCUCCAAUGGUUGUCUGGUCUUUCUUUAUUGAAACAUCUUGAUUUGAGUUUAGUGGACCUUAGUAGAGCUUCCAAUUGGUUGCAACUGGUAAACACACGACUCCCUUCUUUAGAGGAAUUGCAUUUAUCAAACUGUUUUCUUCAACUUGGACGUCCAUUGCUAAAUGUUAAUUUGUCAACUCUUGCCGUCCUUGACCUUUCCUACAACUUUUUCACAAACCAAAUGAAUCUAGGCUGGGUGUCCAAGCUUAACUCCCUAGUUGUUCUCAACCUUGCAGGAAGUGAUUUUCAUGGACCCAUCCCUGAUUUUCUUCAAAACAUGACUUCCCUUAGACAUCUAGAUCUUUCAUAUAAUAAUUUCAAAUCUUCAAUCUCCUGUGCCAUUUUCAACAUUAGUACUCUCAAUGAACUUUACCUCUCAUGGAAUGAUCUUGAAGGGAAGCUUCCAAGAGCCGUGGGAAAGCUUUGUAACUUGAGGUUUGAAUCAUUGGCCUUUGCAAGUUGUCAACUUUCUGGUCAACUUACUGAUCAGCUUGAGCAUUUCAAAAACUUAAAAGAACUUUCUUUGAAUGAUAAUUCAAUCUUUGGUCCUAUUCCAACUUCAUUAGGGAAACUUGCAAAUUUAGAAAAGGUUGAGAUUUACAAUAAUUUGUUGGAGGGUGUUGUUUCCGAAAAACAUUUUGCUAAUCAUACCAAAUUGAGGUUUUUUGAAGGAUCGGACAACUCGUUGGUUUUGAGAGCCAACCCUUACUGGUUGAAUGCAAUAAUAGGGACAAGAGUUCUUAGUCUUGCAAACAAUCUUUUAUCCGGAGAGAUACCGGAUUGCUGGUUCAAGUCCUACGAUUAG